AUGACUCCUGCCGUGAUUCCUCCAAUUGGUAGUGUUGUGCGUCCUACAGUAGAGCCAAAUAACUUCGAAUUGAAACCUGCAUUGGUACAGUUGGUGCAGAAGGAGCAGUUUGCUGGAACCAGUUCAGAGGACCCUUACUUGCAUAUAGAAAAUUUUCUGUUGUUUAGUGAUACUGUGAAAAUUAAUGGUGUCACAAGGGAUGCAAUUCUGCUGAGACUAUUCACUCAUUCACUGAAGGAUGAUGCAAGGAGAUGGUUGCAGUCAUUGCCUCAGGGGAAAGUGUGGAAUCAAGCAGCAAUAUUCCUCCAAGGAUUGACAACCAACACCAGAACAUUGGUGAAUGCCACUGCUGGUGGUUCCUUGACCACCAAGACUCCAGAAGAGGCUUUGGAUAUUUUUGAAUCAUUAGCAUCUCAGGAAUUUGAUAAUGCCCCAGUGACUGACAGAAAGACAGGGAUCAUUAAGCUGGAUGGGUAUGAUGCUUUGUUGGCAAAGAAUGACCAGUUGAUGCAGACACAGAAACAGCAACAACAACAGUUGGAUGCUCUUACUACGCAAUAA